GCAUUUAUUGAUUAUUUUAUAAAAUAUAUAAUUAUUUUAAAUUAAUGUAAUUUAAUAAUAUUAUGGUUCUAUUGUUAAUAAGAAAAAACUAAAACUAACGUGGUUAGACAAACACAGCAACUAUCUCUCUUUAUGUUAUGCAUGAAUAUGGUGUUUAUUAAUUUUGGUUUACGAAUCCUUUGAUGUUCUUUAUUCAUCAUUGGCGUCAUCAGUUUGUCUAUAUAAUUUUCUGUGUCUACACAUGCAUAUACUAACAAAAACCACUUGACUCCAUCAAUAUUUACAAACUUUUUUUUUUUAUAAAUAAUAAUACAUAUUGAUAAUAUGAUAUAUUAUCAUUAUAUUUUAUUAUUUAUUGAAAAUAUUGUUUUUAAAAAAAAUGCUUUAUUAUUAUUUUAAUAAAUAUUUUAUAAAAAUAAUGUGUCUUUGUCAUCAUUCAUCAACUAUUCAGCAUUAUCAAUUAAAAAUUAAACCAAAGGAUGUUAACUGGAGAGUUAUCGCUGGACAUGUUGACAUGUGAGUUGAUAAAAAAGUUCAUUCAUUAAAAUGAAUUCAACAAGACAACUUAGUAAAUAUACAUUUUGUAUAAUUAUUUAUAUAUUCAUGUGUUUUUUGAUAUUAUAUAUAAGAAUAAAUUAUAAAAAUAAUAAUAAUGAUUUAAAAACAACAUUAUUAUUUGAAAAAUAUAAUGUUGAUAAUAGUAAAUAUAAUAAUUUGAAUAAUGAUGAUAAAAUAAUUGUGAAUAAUUCAACAAUGACAAUUGAAAAUAAUGUAAUUGAUGUACUUCAAAAAAUUUCAAGUGUAUGUGAAAAAUAUAAUAAGACAAGUAGUUUAGAAAGAACACAUUUUUUAUAUAAUCAUAAAAAUAAAGUACUUUAUUGUUGGAUACAUCAAGUUGCAUCAAAAAGUUUUAUAAAACUUUUUGCUGAUUUAAAAAAUAUAAGUAUUGUUGAUGAUCAUUAUUACAAACAAAUUGAAAAACUUGCACCAGGUAGUAUUGAAGAACUGUUAGAUGUCAUUGAUGAUGUUGGUGUUUUUAAAUUUUUAAUUACAAGACACCCAUAUGAAAGAUUGGUAUCAUCAUUUAGAAAAAAUAUUGAAGAUAAUAGAAAAUAUUCAAGACAAUCUUGGAAUUUUGUACCGAAAAUAUUUUCCAUAACAAGACCACAACUUUUUAAUGAUUCUUCAGAGAGUUCAAUGGAAAAAAUAUUUCACAUUGAUCGAAGAUUAAAAAUCAUACCGACAUUUGAAGAAUUUAUAAUAUGGCUUUUGCAACAAUCUGAAGAUGAUGAUGAUGAAUACUGGAAUCAAUAUAAUUCACACUGUGCUGUUUGUCAAAUGACAUUUGAUUAUAUACUUAAAAUUGAUUCAUCAAUUUUCAAACAAGAUUUUAAUUAUAUACUAUCGAAUUUUAAAGAUAAUUUAAAAUUAAAUAAAUUAAAAUUAUUAUCAGAAAAUAAAUCAACUGAUUUCAAUCGUACGUGUAUUUAUCUAUCUCAACUAAGUAAAAAAAUAUUUAAUCAACUUUACGCUCGUUAUAAAUUUGACUUUGAAAUGUUUGAUUAUUCUUCCAAUCUAUACUUGGAAAAUUGUAUUAAAAAAAUAUAA